AUGAAUAAGAUUGUCUUAAUAUUAUUAAUAUUAUCUUAAAUAUCAAUAUUUACUUAUGCUGGUCCUACAAGCACAACUGAAAAUAAAAACUCAACUGCAAAUGCAGUAUGCAAUUCUCAUCCUAUCUUCUCCAAAGCUAGCUAACUCCUGAAUGAUAUCUUGAAUUCUGAUUAAAAAGGAUAAUAAAUAAAUAAUGCUAUUUAGAAGGCUUUCUAAAAUGCUAAACCAGCUAUCAAAACCUCUUCUAGUUUGGGCGUUUGCUCUGGAUAUGCACAAUAAAAGACCUGCUGCGAUGCUAAUUAUGUUAAACUUGUUGACUAAGCUGCCUUAUUAAAAGUUAAACCUAUUUUAUAAGCAAAAAGUGCCUUCUAAAAGCUUAUAAAUAUCUAUGUAUCAUAAUUAAGCAGGAACUGUACCUAAAAUGUUUUACCUAGUGUCCCUUUGACUGCAAAGGCUAUUUUUGAAAAUACCACACUUAAAGUUUUAUAAGCAAAUAGAACCACACAAGCUAAUUGCAAAAUUAAAUUUGCUAAAGCCAUUUCUUCUUACACCAGAGGAGCUCUUUGCGCAGCUUGUGUAGGUGUAGACCAGGCUAGCAACUAUUUUAAUUCAUAAAAUUAACUCAAAAUUUCAAAGCUUUCAGUUGCUGCCUUUUAGUCUUAAACAGACAGUGCUAUUACUUGCUUCUAAAGUAUGUUUACUCCAUAAAACUUAGAUUUAAUCUUAUCUGAAUUAAACGCAGCAUAUAUUAAAGGAAAUGACACAUGUGGUCUUAACGUUACUUAAAGCGUAAAAACAAAGUUUUUAAAUCCAAAGUUGACCAACAGUGAUGGCUACGGUAGUAAAAUGUGCAAUGGAACUAAUGUUUUUACAAAAAGUGUUGGUUGUGAGAAUAUUCUUUAAGGAGAUCCUUUGUUAGAGCAAAAUAUCACAAGAAUUCUUUAAUUAGAUGAAUAAAAUAAUAAUAAUAGAAUACUUUAAUUAACUUCAGAUGCCGUCUUAGAUAAUUCUGGGCUUGAAGUUUUCAUUUCUAGCACAACUGAUGAUGCUAUUACAGAGGACGGAAAUAAUAUCACUCCUAACUUUACUGGAAUUAGCGUUACUACUACCUAAUCGGGAAUUAUUUUCCUCUCAUUUAUUUUGCUUAUGCUUAAUAUUUUAUGA